GCGUCACUGUAGGCACGAGCCGCGUUCUGAGUCUGAUUGACAGUUGGGCUGUCCAAUCCACUGCCAGACGUGACGUCACCGCGUGUAUUUAAAGUCCUCUGUUGCAACAACUAGACACUCACUCCUACUACGGCGAAGACACAACAUCUAGAGAAACAUGGCGUACCUGUUGGAGCAAAUUUGACGAAGGAGCGCGAAAAUGGCGAAAACCAGCCAGAGAAUGAAGCGACAACACUCGAACGCAUAUCUGUCACCGGCACAUACGCGGAGUCUGUUGGUUUUGGACGAGGAAUACCAAAAUACGUGAGGAUAUUUUUUUAGUGACGGUGGCCGUAAUCCGAGAAGAAAGAGGUGGGGGGAUAAAAUGGCUCCUACAGUCGCGAGCGGCUCAGAGCGGACGGCCAUGGAGAGGUUCGGCGGCGGAGGGAUGGCGCUUCUUCCCUGGACAAAACAGAUGCUCACCGUGCUGUGGGAACAGCUUCGGUUGCUGGUUCAGGUCAUCUAUUACACUUUUAUUUCAGUUUUCCAGAUGUUCAGGUUUGAGGUCCACGUCAGAAUCACAGACGAAACAGGAGAGCACAUCCAGCACAUGGGCACGGCCUCUAACACUCCUGAAUCCUUCCUGUUCUCAUCCUUGUUCGACGGCGAAAACGGCGUCAUGGUCGGUGGCUCCAACCCCCUCUCCAACUUCUGCGCCGACGUCGGCGACCCGUUUGCCGGGAAGGCCACUGCUGAGGCCCUACUCUCCAGCCUGCGCGCCGACGACCUGUGCUGCGGCCUGGUCGACGACUUUGUGUCCCGGACGGGCGGCGCCGACGACGGCCUCCUGCUCGGACACCAGUCCACCUGGAAAGUGGGUUUCCCCGGCGAUUGGAACAUCUUCGUGUCCAGCGACGGCUGUAGCUCCAGCGACGCCUGCCUCAGAAGUUGCGACAAAGCUUUCAAAUCCAAACAGGAGACUUCAGAGGAAGACAGAAGCUCUCAGUGGAGCAGCGAGGAAGAACCCAAUGUCGUGGAGUUCGAGAGCGAAGAGAGCAAAGAGCUUUGGGAGUCUCUGUCGAAAUCCAGCGAUCCGUACAAUCCCUUCUUUUUCUCCGCCUGCAUCUCGACCAACUCUGAUAUGGGGAGAAGUAAACCCGACGUCAAAACCUGCGGCGACGCAGACCUGAAGGCCGGCGAGGAGACGAUGGGGCCGCCGCGGCUGAACGCGUGGGUGUGUCGCUCUGAUAGCGAGAGCAGCUGGAGCAGCUGGGCCAGCUCCGAGUGUUCCAGCCCCGACGUCGACAAGGAGGAAAGCGACAAGCUCUGGGAGUUCUUCAGCACUCCAGAAGACCCGUACAACCCCUUAUACUUCACUGCUAACACAACCAGCAGCCCCUCUCUCAAAACCAAACCCCCCUCAGCGCGUAAACAAGCCUCACUCCCCGCACCUUCUCCCAAAACCGACACCGACACAGAGAGGCAAAGUAGUUGCCCUCCAUCAGAGGAUGACGACAACGAAGAGCUGAUCUGGGAAUCUCUUGGCCAAAAGGACGACCCCUAUCACCCGCUGAACUUCAAGGCUUGCCUCCGGAGCACCUCGCCGUCGCUCAAACCCGUCGAUCCAAAUCCGUCCACAAAGACCAGGAAGCAGAUAAAAGCAUCCAAACCUCCUCUGCCGGACAGGAAGUUAAAGCAGCACCGCCAUCAGGACAAAAGACUGGUGCCGUGGAAGAGACCCGAGCCGACGUCUCGGUUACCUGCUGAGGGAAAAACAGAAAACAAGGCCGGCACCAGGCAAAAGAAGGUGCAAUUUUCUCCUCUCGUCCAAGUCCACGUCAUGCGGACCUGGCCCUUCGCCCGCCAGGCGUCCCGUAAAGGUCACUGGGAGGAACUGGCGAGAGACCGCGACCGCUUCCGGAGGCGGAUCGCGGACACGGAGCGGGCCGUGGGCUACUGCCUCAGCCAGCCUCACAGGGAGAAGAUGCGGGCGCACCUGGACAGUGCCUUGAAUCAGACGAAGGGGUCCUGAAUGUUUCAUUUCUUCUGUGGAUGAAAAAGGAAAAUUGUGAUUGGUUGCAAUGCAACAGUGAUUUUUAUUUAUUAUUAUUAUUAUUAUUAUUUGGGGGGGUUUUAGGCCAAUUAGAAAAUUUGAUGUUAGGCCAUUUUAAAUGUUCGGUGUCAAGUUGAACAACUUUGUACCUCAAGAGGUUUUUUUUAUACAUUGUGUAACUGUUGCACUGACUGACACUUUCUCAUGUUAACCUCAGCAUUAAUGUGUGGAAUGUUGAUUAUUAUUAUUUUUUUGUAUGCCUUAUAUACUGACCUAGUAAUGUAACCAACUAAUGCUCUGUGGAGCUUUUUGUCCUGUAUUUCUUACCAUUGGCUUGAAGAGUUUUUUUUUUACGUGUGCAGAAACCACAGCGGUGAAUCUUGAGGUUUAAGUAGAGAGUGAUGAUGUCAUCAGAAAGCAGAGCUUUACGUUACAAAGUGUUUUGAGAACAAAUAUAUGUAUGUAUAUGUAAGUGUUGGAAGGACUUUAUAGUUAAUUAUCAUUUAUUUGCUUUACCUUUAUUUUAUAAUAUCAUCCAUUUUGUUUACCUUUGCAAUUUACCUUUUAAUAAUGUGCUUUGAGUGUUUCGAAGUGUUUGCAGAAACUCUGGAAGCGGCCUGCUGAGGAGUGAAAAAGGAGGAUAUCAUGAACGAGACAUUCAUGGUUGCCCAGAGGAACUGCAAACCUAUAGUCUUAUCUUAUGAAAUAUGCUUUUGAAGAUUGUAUGAAUGAGUUGUGUUCAUGUGAGUGUGCAGCUGUUUUCUGCUCCCCCUCCCUUCAGAGCUGCACACCGUCAUGUAAGUAGGUUGUUCCUAAUUCUAAUAAAAGCAGGGCAAGACUCAGUUGAAGCUUCAGAGCAUAGGUGGAAAUCUGUAACUGGGUUUCAGGUGAGCUCUCCCUGCAGGUAAAACUAAA